AGACAAACUGCAAAUAAAUUACCAAAAAACACGUAGUUUUCAUCACUAUGAAAUGGGUCAUCGAAAUAGGCCUAAAAUCCAUUUUUUUUAAACUAUUUUAAUCACGGAUUUUAUUUAUUUCAGUACUGGUAUCCAAGCCAGACUAUAUGAACUCGAAUGAUAAAGACACUCUCUGCCAAGGUAUCAAUUGUUUUGGAAUGAAUACUUGCACAAUUGUCCGAGUUCCUUGUAUAGAUGAUCCAACCUGCAUUAAUUAUUUACCAUUCUGUGAUGACUCUCCACUUACAACAUAAACCUAUAAUUAUUCAAUCCUCGUAAACAUUAUGAGGUUUUUUUUCGAUGGUGCUACCUUAAUUUUUUUAAAAUUUUCCUUCAACCAAUAUUUUUUUCUUAAAAUGGCAUCCUUUCGAGCAAUAUACAUAUCGGUGACUUUAAUGUCUAUAGUCAUCAUAUAUCUCAACUCGUUCGCAAACGAAGACAAACCCAGAUUGGCUCGGGAAAACCGUCCCUAUACUAUUCUCAGUACUCAUUUAAAUUUGAAAGAUUACGAUCGGCUUUGUUUGAAUGGACCAACAGUGAAAUGUUACGGAGAGACAGUUUGCAAAGUUGCAAAAGUAGAAUGUCUUCCAAAUAAAACAUGUGAUCCGUUGAUGGCAAUUUGCUCGGAUAAAUCUUUCGAGGACUAUCAAGACAGAAAAUUCAAUUAUACUUCUUCUCGUUAGGCACAUUUCCUUUUAUUUUUCGUAGUCACGCAAUGCAUUUUCCCAUGUUUUCCUUUUUGAUUGUUUUCAUUCACUUCAGUUUAUAGAAAUGAAGUUACUU